AUGCCUGGCAUCAGUCACGACCGCUCAGCCGCAGCGCUCCGCGGUGUCGCUGACGUCGCUGCCGGGCCAAGACCAACACGACGACCGUUCGCGACGAGCAAUGCAACGGCCAGUACCUUGUCCGCCCACCCGACCGUCAGAGAGGAUACUCAAACACCCCGGGCGGUGACUGUCACCUUUACGAAUGGCAAACAAACCAAAUUGUAGGUCACAGCACUCGCAGUCCGCAGCCGAGACUUGACUCACAUUCCCGCUUCCUGCUCUCUCCCUCUGCAAUUCCGACUACAGUCACUAUCUCUGGCUACGAGACCACUGUCGAGACGCGCGAUCAUACCACCCAGCUACGAAGCAGCGCUUGGUCGAUACACCCACCGUCAGUGCUCGUAGUGCUCGUACUCGCUCGCUCGUGGACAUGUGGACAUGUGGUGCUCAACUACCUUCCUACGCUUGGGGCCGUGUCUAUCCCAGAUCCCUCACGAUUUGAUGCCGCAAAAUGUCGAACCAAGUGCGAAGGGACUCUCUCUCACCUGUCCGUGAACCAGCCCGUGUAUUUUACAUCUGUAUGGCCGCAACAAAUUGACAUCUUGUUGCUCAAUCGACAGGGCCGGCCGACCCUUCUUCCUCUUCUUCGGCGUAUACCUCAUUCUUUCCGUGGGCCUUCCUGCUCGAGCACUCUUACGAGCCUGCACUAGACGAUCGGAUACCAUUCAAUGAGUAGGUGCGCUUCCAUCUGCUCGGAACCCUUGAAUUAGAUGCUAAGAUCCUCUUGCCCUUGAUGUGGGAAAACCUAUCCCUCCUGCUCAGCAAGAUUCUUUGGACCUCGGAAAUCGCCCACGAUCCGCCGAUGGUCGAACACGAUCAAGUCAUGGGGUCCGAAGAGGGUGUUUAUGAAUGGGUUAAGAGGAUCGUGAGUCAUGCAUCGUCGAGGUUUGUCGCAUCAACUAUCCUCGGAUUUUGAACGAGUGUGACCCACAGCAUCAAUUCGGCUUCUCUUUCGUCCGAGGGAUCCCAACUACCCCCGAAGCGACCGAGGCGUUGCUUCGACGGAUAGCCUUCAUCCGCGAUACGCACUAUGGUGGUUCGUACCUCGCUUGAGCUGUCAUAAAACACCCCUGACGGCUAACUUCUUGCUUUCCCUACCCCAGGCUUUUGGGAUUUCACUGCCGAUCUCAAACAUGGGGAUCUCGCGUAUUCGAACGUGGUACUCAACAGUCAUACGGAUACCACCUAUUUCACCGACGCAAGUUCAUACCUAGGCUGUCCCUGACGGAGACUCGAGCUAAACUCCCUGUUCCACUACAGCCCUGCGGUCUACAAAUGUUCCACCUCCUCUCCCCCUCCACCUCCCACAAAGGUGGCCACAAUCUCCUCGUCGACGGAUUCCAAGCCGCUCAAACCCUACGCAAAUCUCACCCCGAGCACUACGACUUCCUGUCGACCGUCCGCCUUCCCUCCCACGCCUCGGGAACAGGCUCAGAUUCGAUCCCCUCAGGCGUGCAUCUAACACCUCUGGUGCGCAAACCGGUGUUCAACCAUGACCCUAUGAACGGGGAAUUGAUCCAAGUUCGUUGGAAUGGUGAUGAUCGAGGAGUCGUCGGAGGACAGGGCUGGGCUGGGGGCAAGAUGGAGCGAUGGUUCGAAGCGCUGAGAGCUUGGGAAGGGGUACUGAGGAGUGAGAAGAGUCAGUUGUGGACGAAGAUGGAGAUGGGCACGGCCAUUAGUUGAGUGAAGCCUUUUCUUGACGACCGACCACCUUCUUGGUUUUUACAAGAACGAUUUCGCUGACCGCUCUCGCACCUCCUUCCCUCUUCUUCUCCGAACAGUCUUUGAUAAUCACCGCGUCUUGCACGGCCGAUCCUCCUUCGUAGGCGAACGAAGGCUCUGCGGCGCUUAUAUCAACCACGACGAUUACAGAUCACGAUAUAUUGGACUUCAUAAUCAAUUUGGGCCCAAGGAGGAGGAGAAGAGGAAAAGGGCCGAAUGGGAGAAGGGGUUUGGGGUUGUUCGGAAGGGAGGUGGGCACGGGGUUUGGGACGGGUGGUGA